AUGACCCUCUACUAUAAACUUACAGUCCAGUUCCUCAAUGAGGACUUUUGCAACAUAUACAGUCGUGAUAUUUACCAUAUACUAGAAACCAAAUUCACUCAAUUAGGCGUUGCGGAGAUCGAACCGGGAGAUACAGGUCCAUAUUCCCAUUUAGUCUUCACUGCCACCAUCGGGGCGCCACCCAACGUCUUCUUUAGCGAUUUGCGAGAUGUAUGGUUGGGAGACGGAAUCAGGACUAUAGUUCAGCCGUUGUCCUAG